CACCUAUAACCUAACAUUUAAAGAUAAUUCUGAACCCAUAAACAUAAACAGAAAGUAUUUCGUAUUUCCACAAUAAAAGACAAUAGACUAACUAAGUACCCUUUGAUAAAACCACAAAGCAAACUGUAAAAUGUCUAUUGUAAGUUCGUUGCAGCUGCUUCACGUGUACGAUAGUGAAUCAUCAGAAGACGAAGUACCGGGCCCGCGGGUAUCCACGAAAAGGUCUCUUAAUGAGGACCGAGGACCGGAAAAUUCGAAAAAACUAUGUACAAGACUGCCAGUUCCCGAACAAUUCGUGGCGGAGAAGCCGGUCGAGCAUAUAGAUGACCCCUGUUUGCACGAUGGGAGAAUUCGCACUAUUCCACACGAGCGUGGAUGUUGGGCUGUAUUUGUUUACAUUCCAUUUUCAGUUACCGAAACGUCAGGCGUGAGAGAAUUAUGUUCCUUUAUCAAAGAACUAGUGCCAGACCGUCUCAACUUGCAUGUUUCGAACGAGUUUCACAUCAGUCUUUCAAAAAUCUUGGUCAUCAAAUUCCAUUGGAUCAGUUCAUUUGUGCAGACUCUAAAGGAUAGGAUAAACCCGUUCAAAAAAUUUUUUAUUCUAUUUGAUGGCUUAAAAGUCUACUGCAAUGAGGAGAAGACCAGAACUUUUAUCAGCCUGGAAAUUCGAUGCGGACACAACACGCUUGUUCAACUGGUUGAUGCAGUGGACCGAUGCUUGGACGACUUUGAGCUACCCACUUUCUAUAAAAAUCCAUCUUUUCACAUGAGCAUCGCUUGGUGUGCUGAUGAUAAGCAAGAGGAACUGGAACCAUAUCUAGCACAAUUCAGCGACAAGCUUGAAGAGCUAAAAGAGGCUUUUGAUCAAGAUAACUGGUAUCUGUUUGCUGAGCUCAUAAUGUGCAAGUAUUGAUUUGGAUGACUUACCACUGGAGACCAACCGGAGCCCGAUUGGUGUACUUGUUCAUCAAGGACGCCUAAAACUCUUGGCUGCGAUGGACCGCAAAUGUCUAUGUCUAAUACGGCAAUCUAAAAAACAAAUUUAUUUGAAAUUACCGAUAGAGCAAUCAAUAUUAGAGCUGGAAUAUUAUCAUUAGUCAACACCCUGGGACUGUAUGUGCCGAUUCAUGUGGUUGCAAGUACAACUAUGAGAAUCUCAAGGGAGCGCCUGUAACUAGCCAGGUUUGUGAUUAAAUAAUAUCGCUUGCCCAAUUGCAGGAAAGAUCAGUUAUACUUUACAUCAGCAACAAUUGUCCCAUAAAAUUUUCAGCUCAGAAACCAUAUUCUGAUAAAGGGUUUGGGACAGAAUUAAUAUAACUAUGAUCUUUGGCCAUGAGAAGGAGCAGAUACAACCGAGUAAGUUUCUCACAUUUUUUUCACUAUCACUAGCAGCUAGAGCCCUGCUGAGAAGGGCAGUGACGGUG